AUGGAGAAAUGUAUGAGGUUGUCGGAUAAGAAAAUCUUACUUGAGUAUAAAGCUUGUUUUCGUUUUCUCAUCAUUAUAGCAAAACAUACGCAACCACAUACACAGAUUGAAAAUACGACAAAUCCUAUGAAUGGGGUUUCUCCAAUCACAUGUUAUCGUUAUCUUCUCUUAUCAACACUUGGAAUGGCAAAGCUGAAAUUAAGUUAA